GGCUGCUGCCGCGCGCCGGCGGCCCCGCAGGUCCGCUCGACAUGGCGCUGAGGCGGGGUCCGCUGCUGCGGCUCCGCGACCUCUGCGUGCUGCUGCUUCUCGGGGGCUGCUUGGUAGGGGCAGUGAAUCUCAAAUCCAGCAAUCGCAACCCAGUGGUUCAGGAGUUUGAAAGUGUGGAAUUGUCCUGCAUCAUUACAGACUCUCAGACCAGCGACCCCAGGAUCGAGUGGAAGAAAAUCCAAGAUGACCAGACCUCAUACGUGUUCUUCGAAAACAAAAUUCAAGGGGACCUGGCAGGUCGUGCAGAAAUACUGGGGAAAACAUCCCUAAAGAUCUGGAAUGUGACACGCUCAGAUGCAGCCCUCUAUCGAUGUGAGGUGGUUGCUCGAAAUGACCGCAAAGAAAUCGAUGAGAUUGCCAUUGAGCUGACUGUGCAAGUGAAGCCGGUAACCCCUGUCUGCAGAGUACCCAAGGCUGUCCCUGCAGGCAAGAUGGCCACGCUGCAGUGCCAGGAGAGCGAGGGCUACCCACGGCCUCACUACAGCUGGUACCGCAACGACAUGCCCCUGCCAACGGACUCCAGAGCCAACCCCAGAUUCCGAAAUUCCUCUUUCCUAUUGAACUCUGAAACAGGCACACUGGUUUUCAGUGCUGUUCAUAAAGAGGACUCGGGGCAGUAUUACUGCAUUGCUUCCAAUGACGCGGGCUCGGCCAGGUGUGAGGAGCAGGAGAUGGAAGUCUAUGACCUGAACAUCGCUGGCAUCAUCGGAGGGGUUCUGGUGGUCCUGGCGGUCCUGGUCCUGAUUACGCUUGGCAUCUGCUGUGCAUACAGACGUGGCUACUUCAUCAACAGCAAACAGGAUGAAGAAAGUUACAAGAACCCAGGGAAACCUGACGGUGUGAACUACAUCAGGACAGAUGAGGAGGGCGACUUCAGACACAAAUCCUCGUUUGUGAUCUGAGAGCUGGCGGAGUGGCCGAGAGCACACGCAGAUACCUCGACUCCACCCACACUCUUGCCAAGGGCCGCCGUGGGCUGUGCACACCGAAGAAGCCAGCGCGCACACGGACGCUUUUGUGUUGGCCAAAAUUGAUUGCUACUCCUGUCUUACUCUCUAACAAGCCACACGAAUAAAAGAGCCUUCCUGGAGAUGGCACAGGAACCACCAGGGAAGAGCAGCUCAGCGAGGCGAGUCUGCUGCUGGCCCGGGCCCCACGUGGGCAGCAGGCGAUCGCAAAGGUCCUGCCCGCAGCAGCUCUUCUGAGCUGCGCACUGGGCCUGCACUUGCAUGGGCAGUGCCACCGCCGGGCGAGGCCGCCUGCGUGAGUGGGUGCGGGUCAGGCUGUUGCGGCAGCUGCGUGCGCGGGUGAGGCCGCAGCCUCGGUCCGAGAGCCCCGUAAGGGUUUGCGAGUGGGGCUGUUCUGGGCCUAAACCUGCACUCUGCUUCAGGCUUACCCAUCUCAGAUCUUUCAGACCUGCGUUUGAAAGAAACACGCUCAGAGGAUAAACGGCUUUCUUCCCCAGGUGCCCUGUGUGUUGGGGCUUGAGGAAACCCUUUUGUCUUAGGCUAAGUCUGAAACGGUACUGAAAUACGCUUUUCUCUGGGUCUUGCUUAUUUUAUAACACUUUACAUUCUAAAUUUUUGCUAAAGAUGUAUUUUGAUUAUUGAAAAGAAAAUUUCUAUUUAAACUGUAAAUAUAUUGUCAUACAGUGUUUGAAAACUUAUUUUUUUAAGAGUUGAGCAUAAGGUGGAAGUUCCAAGCUACUAGUGUUAAAUUGGAAAGUACCAUUAAUUCUUUUAGCCAAAGAACCCUUUCCAGGAGGUUCUCCAACAUCCCUCUGUCCAUCCCAGUGAUAGUAUUUGCAUAAGAAAACUUAGGCAGCUUGCACAUCAGACCGACCGUGGUUGCUGAUGCUUCACGGUGCAGUAUUCCCAGCAGCAGUGUGGACAUUCCUGCGCCUUUCCCAGAGCAAGCCCGGGAGCACCUGUGUCCCGAGACAGACUGCAUGGCGGGACCGUGGGGCGGGGCUGCGCCCGUGGAUGCCUUUGCGGCCUGGGCAGCCUGUGUCCCCCUGCUUUGCUCAUGCUGCUCACGCGCCAGUGUUUGGGCUUGCGUCUGCUGUGUGACGUCCCAGCUUCAAGCUCCUGUGCAAAACUGUGUGCUUGAGGGUGGCUCCCAGAGCAGAGCCUCCUCUGCUGUGUUGGGAAGUUCACUGGGUGCGGUGCGUGACGGCCCAGGGCCAAGGGCAAUUUUGAAGCCAAAUCUCUGAGCUAUUUUUUAAAGAAAAUAAACCCACUGGUCCUCUUUCCCCUGAAGGAAGCACGCUGGCACCUUUGCGCCAUAACUGUUGGGUGGUGGCAGCCAGCCUUUGGAAGAUCAGGUGUUCCAGCCAGGGUCAAAGGCCCUUGGGAGGAAAAGAAUGCCUGUGUCGGAAGCAGUUUUCUAGUUUUGAUUUGAAUUUUUUACCCACCUGACGCUGCUCGCUUUUCAGGGGUGUGAGAAACUCCUGGCGGAGCCUUUGAGCUGCCGAGUGGAUGGGUGGUCUCAGGCGCAGUACACUGCGGCGGACUCCUGGGGGCAUGAGGCUCGAGCAGGCGCGCCGCACGGGCAGAUGCCGUCGGGUGCCAGAGCGAGUUUUUCCUGUAGAAUGCAGUCUGUCACGUGAGGCUCAGUUUUAUACUUCCAGUUAUUUUUCAUUGAGUACUGGGCAUGUGCUGCUUGCUGUUAUGCAGCCUGUCAUCACCUGGGAUGCUGGGCAGGGACAGCGGGCAGCUCUUCGGCACCCACUCCCUCCGAGGUUCCUGUCUCCUUGGGUGUCUGGCUGUGGGCACCCACUUCCUCUCCAUGCUCUGGGGAGGCAGGGUGGUGCCCCACUCACUGCUGGGAAUCAGCAUGCUGCCACUGCCUGGGGUCACCGUGAUGGGACGCCUCCGGUUCUUACAUUCUUGUGCACUAGUGCCCUGGGGCCCCGGCCUGUGGUCCAGACCUGAGGGAAGGAGGGCUUGUCAGUGCCCCUCACGCAGGCUGUUCCUCAGGCCUUUGGUAUGAAUGUUGCUGUAUGUAGGCAUUACAGAUUUGUACUAACACACAUGUAAUUCGGUAUUUGUUAAAAACUUCAUUUAUAAAAGCUUUAAAAACA